UAUGUUACAGUGAUAUACAGUGUGACCGGGUUCAACAUUCAACAUUCUCCCGUGAAGCAUUUUACAAAUGAUGAUCCACUCUUUGGGCAAAAUGCUAUUCAAUCAACAGAUGGAAUUUUUGUUCCUUCCCCAACAAAUGGAAAAUGUUUCAACUGCACUCUAGAGAAUGAAUGUACUGAAGUAAAUUUUGAUGAUGAAAAACCUAAAGGUCUGAGACCAGUAGCAUCAGUAUCUAGUCUGACAGCCAAAGAGGAACAACUUGUUAUGUGUAACCAAAUUUGCAUAAAGAAGUCAGUAAAUGAGGAUUUGAAUGGAGAUUGCAAACUGAUGGUAAAUCCCACUGGGAAAGUCGAACUGAAUCAUGCCGAAUUAGUCAACAACAACAACAACAACAAUCAUUAUCAAGGUCGAUGGAUUGGUCAAGAUGCUGGGACAGAGAUUGCUUUUGUGCUGGACGGCUCUGGUAGCAUUCAACCUGAUGACUUUCAGAGAGCCAAAGACUUCAUCUACAAUGUCAUGUCCAAUGUUUGGAACACAUGUUUCGAUGCAAGUCAUCUGGUUAAGGGCAACAUGCUUGUUGAUAUGGCUUAUGCGGGUUUUGGCAACAUACUCGUUGGGUCAGUGGGUAAGGGCAACAUGCUUGUUGCUAAAGGCAUUGAGAUUUUCGCUAUGCUGGGACAGAUUGCUUUUGUGCUGGACGGCUCUGGUAGCAUUGAACAUGACGACUUUCAGAGAGCCAAAGACUUCAUCUACAAAGCCAUGUUCAGUGUUUGGAAAACAUGUUUCAAUUGUGACUUUGCGAUAGUGCAAUAUGGUGCGGAGAUCAGGGCCGAGCUCUCACUGCUAGACAGUAAGAAUCAUGCCAGAGCCUUUCAAAAGAUCAAAGAAAUACAGCAAAUUUUCAAUAUCAGAAAGACCGCCUCAGCCAUCCAUCAUGUCCUCACAGAUAUUUUCAUCCCUGAGAAUGGAUCAAAAAAUAACUCCAAAAAAAUAAUAAUUGUAUUGUCUGAUGGACAAAUGUUCAGAGACCCAAUGAGUCUUUCUGAUGUUUUAAACAUGCCACAAAUGAAAGGUGCCACUCGCCAUUCCAUAGGAGUUGGUGAAGGCAUUCUGUCUAACCCUGAAGCAAUACAAGAGAUGAGGGAAAUAGCAGAUCCUGAUAGGUUUUUUAAUGUUUCCAAUUACGCUGCAUUAGAAGAAAUUAUUUUCUUAAUGGACCUAAGUGCACAGAAUGAUGAUGAUGAGGAGGAGGAGGACUGA